UUUUUAAUGCAUCAAAUUUUUGGACUUUCAAAUUCAACAGUAUUAAAGUCAAUGCAUUGCUGUCCCUAUCCACCAUUGUUUUUUGUAUUUAUGUUGCUUCAUUUUUCCAUUAUCUUUCUCACCUUUUAAAUGGGUACAUAAAAGUGGUGGGUUUUGAGUUUUAGAGCAGGCUGAAAUUUGGCCAUGGCUUGCUUCUUGCUUUGUUCUAAGCCACAACAGAAAAACCCCAUCUCAGAUUCUGUGGAAAAUGUUCAAAAAAAGGAGCUUUUGGGGAAUGGUGUCAAUGGGGAAGAAGAUUUCAGCUCUGAUAACUCCAAAGCUUUGUCUCAAAAUGGAAACAGAGUAAUGGUGGUUGUGGAUUGGAGUGUUGAGGCUAAACAAGCUUUGGAAUGGACACUCUCUCAUGCUGUUCAGAACAAUGAUACCAUUGUUCUUGUUCAUGUUCUUAAAAGUUUGAAGCUUCAACGUUUUGAGUUUGGUAACAAGGUGAAUUACAUAAAGGCCCAUAAGCUUCUCUUUUCUAUGAGAAAUAUGUGCCUAAAGACAAGACCUGAGGUACAAGUAGAGGUAGCAUUGCUGGAAGGGAAAGAAAGAGGUCCAAUAAUUGUGAAGGAAGCAAAGAAACAUAAACUUUCACUUUUGGUACUUGGCCAAAGAAAGAGGCCGAUUCUCCGGCGUCUAUUGAACAGAUGGGCAACAAGACGCAAUCGGAGGAGGAGGAAGAAGAAGACUUGUCGAGCAACAGCAGAGUAUUGCAUACAGAACUCAUCUUGUAUGACCAUUGCAGUAAGGAAGAAGAGCAAACAGAUUGGAGGAUAUUUGAUCACAACCAAAAGUCACAAGAACUUUUGGCUCUUGGCUUGAUCUUUUAUCUUUCUUUCUUUUCCUUUUUGUGUAACAUAGUUUCUCACCUUUUUAGGGUUACAAAGUGAAUACAAUGGUUAGACCUUCAAACUUGGACUUGCUAUACCAUAAAGUGGUUGGAUGUUGCUACAUUUAUAGGUAAAGUUAGGAUUUUCUCACAGGAAUCAACAACAAAAGAUUCUGAAAUUGUAGUUUCUAUCCUAUAAAGAGUUAUAAAAAGAUCCUGCUGUAAUUCUAUUGUUCAA